AUGUCUUUGCUUUCCAGCCAGUCUGAGACUCACAUCAAGGCCUACGAAGUCCGCAAAAGCUUCAAGAAACCUCAGAAUUGGGUCUUGAUCUUUGGCUGGUUCUUGGCUUCCUGUGCAGGAUUUGUCAACACGGUGGCUUUCCUAAGUUGGCAGAUGUCACUGGGCAGCGUGCAACAUGCGGUGGAUCCCGCUGUUUGUGGGAAAGUGCUGCCUAGAGCUGGAAUGCUGGAUUCUGCCGAGCUAGAAUUGGGUUUUUCUUUGCCACAUGCACCGCCCAACUCGAAACCACCGGAACUCCUGGCGCAGGCUUUUGGCUUGGUGGGCAUGUUUGUUUUUGGUGCCUUCACCUGUGGAUUGCUCAUCGACAAGAAUCAGGUGCACUUUGGGGGCAAGUCUUGGUAUGGAUUUGCGUUGGUGCUCAAUGGUCUCCUGCUGAUUACAGCUGCAUUGCUUCCGGAUGCUCCAAUAUGCUCCUGCUAUUUAGCCUCGAUGGCCUGUGGCCUUCAGAAUGCCAUGUGUACCUCGCACUUUGGCGCAGUGGUGCGCACUACACAUGUGACCGGCACUUUGACGGAUAUCGGUUCCAUUUUGGGACGUGUAGCUGUCAUGCAUCUUCGAAAAGGUUGCCGUCGAUCGAAGUUCAACGUGCUGGAAAAGGCUGAACUGGGCGUGGACCUGCGAAAACUCUUAGUGUUGCUGCCGAUGUGGGUUUCCUUUGUCAUGGGAAGUACCUUCGGUGCCCUCGCAGAAAGCAUCCUGGGCCAGCACGCUCUUUUCAUCCCUGCCUUUGCCACAACCUUCCUGGGUGUGGUGUACAUGACCUUAAGGCAAGUCUUGUCUGACCUGUUUCAACAGCUGGAGCAGCAGUCCCUGCGAGAGAAACUCCACGAGGUGCGGACGCGAAACAAAAAUACUAACACGCCGUGGACCGAAACACGUGGACCGUGCGAUGACCGACGACCAGACGCCCCUUGUGAACCAGGUUCACUCCGCCUUGUGGCGUGCCAAUACAAGGCCUUUUUGUGGCGGGGCGGAGGGUGA